AAUCCUGUUGUUGUUACCGGAACAGACGCUCUGUUAACAUCGUUAGCUGUUAGCAGCAGUCAGUGAGUCUCAGUUGCUCCCGGUUCUGUCCCGGCUCUCGGUGUGAACAUGUCCCGGGUCCAGAAGCUCCGGGUCUUCGUCAGUCAGCGGCUGAACGCGGCGGUCGAAGAGAUUCUGGCGGCGUUUGAAAAAACGAUCGUUAAAUACGAACAGGAAGCGGCUCUGUGUCAGGAGGUUAUCUCUCGCCAGCACGCGCUGCUCUGCGCGCUCCACAAACCGUCCGCAGACUCCUUCAAUCAGCAGCUGCUGGUCCACCCUGAACGAGAUCAGGACCAGGACCAGGAAGACCCACAGCCCUCACGUGUUGAAGAGGAACAGGAGAGAGAACAGCUUCAAAACCUAAACGAUGUCGAGAUCAUCAAGUUCACCUACAAUCCGCGCCGUGCAGUGAGACCAGGUGAGCUGGACCUGUCAGCUGCCGGGUCUGCUCAGGUGGAACCAGGACCAGUAGAUCUGGUUCAGGACGUCCUGCUGGUGUCGUCCUCUGAGACAGAGGACAGCGACGACUACAGCAGAGAAUCCGCUGAUCCCAGACCGGCGUCAGACAGACCGAAACCAAAGACGAACCGUAGACCAGGAACCAUCAGCUGCAGGGUCUGCAGCCGGACUUUCAGAGCUCGGAGGUUUUUAUUCAGACACGUUAAAGUUCACCUGCAGGAGGCGGAGGCGGUUUGCGGCAUGUGCGGUGAACGGUUCGAGACCACUGACGGUCUGAGGCUUCACGUCCAGACUCACCGGAUCGGGAGGAAGAGGGGGGACCCAGAGAAUGAGACCGGGACCCAGAGCGGAGAGAGACUGAUUCACCAGCGCUCGAACCUCGACACCAAAGACCACGAGGACCAGAACCUGAACAGGUGUGACGAUUGUGGAAAGACUUUUCUUCAGGUGUGGAAGAAGAAGAAACACAGGUGCUGCCCCCGGAGGAAAAACCAGGACCCAAAGAGUCCCAGAGAUGGACCGAAGAGGAGGAGGAGGAAGACCUGAAGGAUAAAUCUGCGUUUUAUUCUGGUCCAGAAAACGAAUCACAUCACCUCCAUAAACCCAGGACUGUGAUGUCAUGAUGACAUCAUGGCAACAUCACUAAAGAAAAGUCUGACAGGUUCAUUUUUUGUUUUUUGUUUUUAUUGAGCAAUUUAGAUUUUUACAUUAAAAGAGACACUGCAGUGAAACUGUCCAAUAUUACAAACCAAGUUUGAGAAAAAGUUUGGAGGCAAAAAUAAUUUGUCAUUUUAGUUUCAACACAGAAACAAUCAGAGAAACAAAAUGUAAUAUUCAGAAAUGUUUCAAAACUCACUGAGAAAAAAGAUUUGAACACAAAUAUGGAAAAUUUAUUUAUGUUAUCGUGAUAUAAAUUGAAUGAUUGUUUUUUUUUUUGAGGAUUAACUUUUUUUUAUGAAGACAAAAUAAAAUGUUAAAAUAUUCUGGAAACUGGGACUUGGGACUUUAUUCUGAAAAUUUCUGAAUUUCUAAUAAUUCAGUGAAAUUUUUUUUAUUUUUUUUUGGGGGGGGGGGGUCCAGAGAUAUAGUGACAUGUGAUUGGUCACAGUUUCCAUGGUAACAUCAGUUCAGUUCAGAUGAAGAGUUGAUGGUUGUUCUCAGGUGCUUUAGUGAACGUUCCGUUCAAUGCGUCGUCAUGAUGCAGCUGAUAAAUGUGGCUCAGGUGAGUCGACAGGUGAAACCCUGAUCAAUCAGCUGAGGAUCGAUCAGCAGGUGGAGGUGACUCUGUGUCUGACUGUUUCCUGCUGCUGACCUCAUCGCUCCAGCUGUACCUGUGGAGGGGGUGGGGCUGUGAAGUGAUGGGCGGGAUCUUACACAGAAGAGGGAGGGGCGGUGUGGGGAGGAGGCGCCCUUGAGGAGGUCCGUCACAGGCCCUCUGUCGAUGGUGACCUCUUCAACAAUGGCUGUGACCCAGUGAUUGUUUCUCACCGGCCAGUUGAGUCUCCUCUGCUGGGUCGUAGUCGCGCGGCCAUCCCUCCUCCCC